AUGAACGAGUCCUUUCCCUCCAUUUCAUCUUCUUCUUCGUCGUCGUCGUCGUCGUCGUCCGCAUCCGACGUGCUGAUGUCCUUCUUGCUCUCGCUGCCGCCCUCCUCCUUCUCGGCACUCGCGUCCUCCCUGGCUUCCGACCUCCGCCUCCUCCGCUCCCGCCUGGCCCUCCUCCUCCUCUCCCCCGCCCACUUCUCCCGCGCCCUCUCCCGCCUCCGCUCCCUCCCCCUCCCCCUCAAAUCCCUCCUCCUCGCCCGCCUCCUCCUCCGCUCCCUCCGCCUCCUCCUCUCCUCCUCCACCUCCUCCCCCUCCUCCCACCCCCACCGCCUCCGCCUCCUCGACCUCGACGCCGCGCUCCUCCUCAUGGCCAUGUGCGACUCCUACCACCCCCACCGCCCCCACCCUCACCCCGUCGACUGGCGCUCCACCGUCGCCGCCCACGCUCUCUCCUCCGCCCUCAGCCCCGCCGCCCUCGGCGACACCCCCUGGGCCGUCCUUGGCCCCUACGUCGACCUCGCCGCCAAGUGCCCCCGCUUUCUUGAGGUUGCCGGAAGCAGCAACGGAGGGGGGAAGAUGGGGGAAGGGGCGAGGGCCGCGGUGGCGGCAGUGGUGGCGCUGCCGUCGGUGGAGUACAGCGGCUGCGAGGAGGGCGACGGAGGCGGCAGCAGAGAGUGCGCGGUGUGCAGGGAGGAGAUGGCGGCGGGGUGGCAAGUGUGCGAGCUGCCGUGCGGCCACCGGUUCCACUGGGGGUGCGCGCUGGCGUGGCUGCGGAAGCGGAACACGUGCCCGUGCUGCCGCUUCGAGCUGCCGACGGAGGACGUGUUUGCGGAGAUCGGGCGGCUGUGGAGGGCGGUGGUCAGGAUCGGCGGUGGCGACGGAACCAGUUGCGGCGGCGCGGGCCGGGCCAGCAGGGGCGGAUGAUGGUGAUCAGGUUACAAAGAACGAGCACACUGGUCAUGAUCGGGAUCAACUGGGACGUAACACACCAGCAGUGUGGUGGUGGUCCCACUAACGGGUCGGGUAGGGACCCGUCAGGUAUGGGUGGAAAGUAACGUGUCUGGGAGGUGCUUUUCUUGUUUUGUUCAUUGGUGCUUGGAUUGGUACAAUGAUGCUGGUGGGGGGAUGCUUUAAUAAUGAGGGUUGUUAAUAUAGAAAAGUGAUUAAUUAAUAAGGGAAAUUAGGACCGACCGUCUCUAGUGCAAAUGAUAAAGGGCUUGAUAGUAGAUAUCUGAGGUUCCAAGUUCGAAUCCUAAUUAUUUAGCAUACUCUUGGCAUUUUAAGGUUUCAAGUUCCAAACUUUAAUUAGUUUA